GCUGCUGGGGUGCUCCGUGCUCCGUGCUCCACCGCUUCAGUUGCUUGGCUCAGUAGCGAGCGUGCUCUGCCGGUCCGUGGUUCUGUGUGUGCGUGUGAGUGCAGGCGUGCGUUUGCGUGCAGUGCGUGAGUGAGACAUCCGCGACAUGGCCAGCGAGGAGAAUAACGUGACGGCCGAGUCCAAGGCGGUGGAGCCCGCCAAGCCGGCGGACGCGCCCCAGGACAACAAGGCCGAGGUGGAGGCCGCGCCGGCCGCGACGCCGGCUCCCGCCGCCGCCGAGGAGGGCAAGGAGGCCGCCGCCGAAAAGAAGGAGGAGGAGGCCAAGAAGGAGGAGGCCGCUCCCCCAGCGCCCCCAAAGCCCACCGUACACAAGCCCAACUUCGAGCAGGAUGUGGUGUACCUUUACCAGUUCUCGCGCACCCCGGUUCUACCAUCACUGUCGCCUUUCUGCCUCAAAACGGAAACGUGGCUCCGGCUCGCGGGCAUCAAAUACGAGAACGUGGACCACAAGUUGAAGUUCCGGUCGAAGAAGGGUCAGUUGCCUUUCAUUGAGCUGAAUGGAGAGGAGAUCGCAGACUCGUCCAUCAUCAUCAAGGAGCUCGCCGAGCGCUUUGAAAAGGAUCUGGACAAGGACCUCGACAACGACCAGAAGAACGUCGCAUACGCCCUUACGUCAAUGAUCGAAAAUCACCUCCUCUGGGUUGUUAUGUGGUGGAGGACCAAAUUCACCGACGAAGUCUUAAAAGGUUACCACGUCAGUCUGCAGCACCAAAUCGGCUCGAAAAUCCCCAACGGCAUCCUCAACUUUUUCUUCAAAUUACAAUAUGGCCGCAAGGGCGCUAAGAAAGUCAAGGCCCAAGGUAUGGGUGUCCAUAAAGCAGAAGAGAUCAGCGAGUUCGGCCGGAGAGAUCUCAAGGUCCUGUCGGAACAGCUCGGUGAUAAGCCCUUCUUCUUCGGCGACGAACCCACCUCGCUGGACGUGGUGGCCUUCGCCAACCUGGCCCAAGUGUACUUCAUCGACAAGGAUGUCAACUACUGCCUGCGGGACUUCAUGGUGGAGAGCUGCGCCAACCUGGUGGGGCUUGUCAACAGGAUGAAGGAGAGGUGUUUCCCCGACUGGGAGGACAUGUGCAACAACUUAGACAUGAAUUCACAUCUACCCAAACCUCCUCCAGAAGAAAAGGAGACAGAAAAGAAGGAAGGCAAAGAAGAGAAGGGAGAGAAGGAGGGUGAUAAGGAAAACGAGAAGGAUAAGGAAGUUGAAAAGGAUAAGGAAAUUGAAAAGGCGGAGAAGGAAGAUAAGGAAGCCGAAAAAACUAUUGAAGAAAAUAAGUCAAAAGAAGAGAAGGAAGCAGCCAAGUGAAUCAGUGGUAGUUGAACCACUAAGCACAACAAUUUUUAUACAGUCAUUUCCUUCCUUGUUUGAUUUUUUGUGUAUUUGUUUCAUUAGGAAAUGUUUUAUACCUCCUUUGACUUUUUACAAUGUUUCUAAAAGAAAAGUAUCAGGAUAGGAGUGACUCUUCUACACCAUGUGUAGAAGUCCUCUCGAAUUUUAUGGACUGACAGUUUGUAAUGUUUUUUUAAUAUUUUUUUUAAAAUGACACGAGUAGGUCCAGGAAGGAAGUGAAUGAUUUUGCGGCGCUCUUGUUGGCGGCUGGACUGCUCAAUGAUGAAGGAUAUUGCUCAGUUUGUUGAGUGCUGUCCUGUUUGGCUGCUUUGGAGAUGCGUGCUGCUCUCCCUGUAGGAUGUCGAUUGUUCGCUGGGGUGUGUGUGUAAUAUAUUGUACAUGGGUCACUGUAGUAGUUUUGGGACCAGCUGUGAAUACUUAAAGCUAACAUCACUGCAGCCAAACUAGUUGAAAGUAAACAACGUAUGUACCUAAAAGACAAGUCAUCUUACAUUCUCUUUCACGUUUCUAUGUUGCAUCUCAUUCAUGUGUAGAGCAGUUUUGUACUGUGUACAUGACUCUUGACCAAAGAGGCACGCCAGUGACUAAGUCUGCAUCAGCUGAUGUCACGUGCUAUGAAUGUUUGUGCUAAUGUAAUUUUUCCGUAUGACUGCAUUUGUGGCCCUUUUUGUAACAGCUGGGAACUCUACUUCAGCUGUGACAAAGAUGUUUAUAUAUUAUAAUAUACUGUAUUAGUGAAAUUUGACUUGUUCCUUCCCUGAUUGUUCCUGCUUCUAACCCUCUCCCUUUUCCUUGCCCUUUCCUUCCCCAGUCCCCCUCCCCCUUUAUUAAUAUCCGCUUGUUUGUCAUUGUAGACAUAGUUGUAUACUUCUGAUGUUUUAUUGAGUAUAUUGAAUGUCAGAGCAAAUGACAUGGCUUUGUCAGCAUGUGAGCGGAUGAAGAUUAUAAAUAUAUAUAUAUAAAUAUAUAAAUAAAUAACUAUAUGCGUGAGGUGUGUAGCACCUAGGCCACUUUUUCUACAUUAUUUUGGGCCAAGCAGGCUGUUUCUUGUUGCUUUGGUGCAGAAUGACUGGAUGAUUUAGUUGUCAUAGCAUUCAUUAUUCAAUUCCCAAUUUGUUUUGGCGCCAUGUAAAGGAGGGGUGGGAGAUAGUGGAUCUAAUGCCUCUUUCUCCCACCCCUCCUCUCCAUAUAAAAUCAUGAUAUCAGCUUAAAUUUAAGUAAUGCUUCAUGUAAGCUGUAAGUACACCAUUGCCAAAUAAAGAUAAAAUCUAA